AGAGGAGGAAGCGAGAGAGAGAGAGAGAGGGGAAGAUGGCGAUAGGCUGAUUGAACUGUAGGUAAAGCUAAAAUUGAUUUAGCAGGUACAUAACAGUUUAGAGUAAAGUGCCCGUAUUUGGGAUUUGGCCUUUACCAUUUAAAACAUUGCUUCGAAGGAAUAAGGACACUAAUGGCGCUUCUGUACGGCUUGUUAUGGCGGUUCCUGCUGGUUUUGGUCCACGUCAACAGAGCGCUCGUCUCUUGGUUUCGCGUGCGGCUUAGGAGCUGGAAAGGCCGUCUGUGGGAGCGGGCGAUGGACGCUCUGUUACUGCCUGUAGCCCUGGCUGGAUUCCCUGACCAUCAGAAGAAGUUAAACCAUAAUGCUAACUCUAGCCCGGUAACUGGAAACCGCACUGCCAAUCGACGGUCGCAGUGGCAGUGUAACGGCAGGUCACGGGAGAAGCUGCCGGUCCACAUCGGCCUAUUAAUAGCGGAAGAAGAACCCAGCUAUACGGACAUAGCAAACCUAGUGGUCUGGUGUAUGGCGGUCGGUAUAUCUUAUGUCAGCGUCUAUGACAAUCACGGUAUUUUUCUGAAGAACAGCUUCUAUCUGAUGAAGGAGAUAGUCAGGCAGCAGGACUUGCUGGGUGUAGAGGGAUCCAAAGUGGAGUUCCUGAGCAACAAUGGCAGUGACAAACGUCAGCAUAAUGUGUUGUCCUGCAGGCCUACAGUGAAAGUCUUGUCUCCAGAGGAUGGGAAGCAGAGCAUUGUCCAAGCAGCACAGCAGCUCUGUCGCUCUGUGGAGAACAAAGAGAGAAGCUCCAAAGACAUCAGUGUCUCCAUGUUGGACAUCUUGCUCAGAGAGUCAAAGAAUAUUCCUGACCCUGAGCUGGUGGUGAAGUUUGGUCCUGUGGACAGCACGCUGGGCUUUCUCCCCUGGCACAUCAGACUCACAGAAUUCAUCUCCCUGCCCUCACACAGAAACGUUUCUUAUGAGGACUUGCUGGGUGCCCUGCAGCAGUACAGCACCUGUCAGCAGCGCCUCGGCCAGUGAUGUGAUUGCCGGCAUCAGGUUCUUCAGACAGAAAGAUUUGUGGGAUACACAGAGUCAGAGGAGUCAAUGCAGGUGAUGACCCCUCCAUCCCUUGCUGUGUCCCCCUACUCUGUCCAUCUCCUGGAUCUGUAAAGAGGAGGACACCAGGAGAGCCAGCCAGCUCACUUCCUGCCACCAGCUCUUGUCUUAUAAUAAACUCACAUUCCACAGGACUUGUGGAACAUAUUCUCCAAGCCAAGGGAAAAUAGCACAUCUGAGACACACACUGACAUAAGAGGACACAAACUGUGCUCUGUCCUCUCCAAGCCUCUGGCUCACUGUUUGGCAUUCAGUCUCCAGCUGCUGUUUACUGCUGAAGACUUGCAAAUGACUUGCCUUCACUCAGCAGACAGCAAAGAACCAAGGCUUUGUGCCUGUCCUUGUGAGGCAUCCUGGGAAAUACAUCUGCACUUUAGGAAGAAGCUCAACUAAAGUACCAACAUGUCAUGUACUGGGCAGUGGAAGUUGAGCUUAGGGCCCGGGUGGUUAAUAAUGUGUAAAUAUGGGAAAUUUAUGUGGCUCUGUUAGUCUCUCCACCUUGCAGUCGUGUUCAUGUGUAGUGUUGAUUCAGACACAUCCACAGGUUUAAUUAAGUGCGCUUACACAUAUGGAUACAUAGUAGUUGCCAUUAUCUGGCCUCUCCAAUCUGUAGGUCUGGGAAUUGUUGUGUUGAGCCUAUAAUUUACAUUCUCUGCUCAAACUGGACAGCUGUUUUCUGGUUUCCCUCUUGAAUCUUGAGUGAGAAGUCAGUGAAUGGCACCUGUAGCUGUCCCAGCUUUUUGAAUCUGUAUGUGUGAAUGGCUCAUAAAGCUCCUGCUAGACUGACCAAGCUCUAAAAUAAAGAAAUGCACUGUCAUUAUAUGCGAGCCUGCCAACUGUACAUCUUACCUCACAUUCCUUAACUAUGUUACCAGUUAUCCGUUAACCAGAGUUCCAUACUUGGCUAUGUGAUGAUGAAGAUUGUGAGAUUAUAUAAGUUGGUAAAUGUAACUAUUAUUUGAACAAAUGUUCGCCCUUUAGGUACCACUUUUCCACCUGAUCAGAUGUUAAAGGGUAAAUAUAAAUACAGUUUAUCUUGUGAAAAUGAAGUGAGGAUAAUGAAAUAAGAAAAAACAACCAACCACAGCUAUAUUGACAUAACAGUGGGCCUGUGUCUUGUUUAUGUAGCUAGUGCUGUGUGUGUCUACUGUGACUGCCUUUGGAAUAGUUAUCACUGAGCCUUGGCCUCAUCUCUUUUGUCGGUGUGUUGAUGCUUUUUUUCCUGACUGUUAACAUUUUCACCUCCAUGCAAGAAGCCAUCAAACCAAACUCUAAUGCUGUGUGGUGUAAUAACUGUGUCACUUCAUGUCAUUGUGCUGCUACACACAGACAUUCCACCGUAUCCCACAUGUCCGCUGUGUGUGGAUCAAGUGUAUGAUUGCAUUAAAGGUCUUUGCUUUUCUGUC